AUGAAAAUUUCUUUCUUCAUCCUGUUGUUCAUGGUAGGCUUCAAAGUUAAUAUUGGAGCGUGCCAAAAUGAGUGCUCAGAAGAAUUACGCUGUGGAGACUCCGGUCCACCUAUCAAAUUCCCUUUUCGACUCAAAGACAAGCAUCAUGAUCACUGUGGCUACCCCGGAUUUGAUUUAUCCUGCAAUGGAAGCAACAAUACGGUGCUUGAGCUGCCAAUUUCAGUGAAGUUCACCGUCACUCAUAUCAACUACAAAUCUCAGGUAAUUCAAGUGGCUGAUCCAGAUGGUUGUGUUCUCAGGCAGCUACACAAACUUAAUCUGUCUGCCUCUGCCUUCCAAUUCAAAGGGGGUGGCUACCAAGGUGACUAUACUUUAUUCAAUUGUUCACCAGCAGAUGGAAAUUUAUAUUAUCAAAUUAUUCCCUGCCUUAGUGGGACUAACCACCAAAUAUUGGCUAUACAUUCAUCUUUUUUCAUCGACGAAGUUCCCAUUUCGUCUUGUACCAAACUGUAUAACCUUCCACCUGUUCCACUUGAUAUAUUCGAGUCAGAAAAUGUUCUUCGUUUGGAAUGGUUCAAACCAGAAUGUAAACAUUGUGAGAGGAAAGGUGGAAAAUGUAAAUUGAAGAACAACAAUGACACUGAAUCAGAAACGGAGUGCUUCAAAGUGGGCAAACAAGGUGCCUCAACAAAGCUAGUGGUUAUAGAGGUUCUUGACCGAAUAUACAAUCUAGCUCUCAAGCCCACAAGGUACUCUUAUGCUGAUAUAAAGAGGAUCACCAAUACGUUUAGAGACAAGCUGGGACAGGGGACCUUUGGAACAGUGUACAAAGGAAAGCUUUCCCAUGAGAUCUUUGUAGCUGUAAAGAUCCUCAACAAUUCCAAAGGAAAUGGGGAAGAGUUUAUCAAUGAAGUGGGAACAUUGGGUCGAAUCCACUACGUCAACGUGGUUCGAUUGGUUGGCUAUUGUGCUGAUGGAUUUAGACGAGCUUUGGUUUAUGAAUUUGCACCAAACGGUUCACUGCAGAAUUUUAUAACAUCAGCAGACAGCAACAACCAUUUCCUUGGUUGGGAGAAGCUGCAAUAUAUUGCUCUCAGCGUAGCCAAAGGAAUUGAGUACCUUCACAACGGAUUUUCCUUGACAACUGCUAGGGGCACCAUGGGUUACAUCGCACCUGAAGUCUUCUCUAGGAACUUCGGUAACGUGUCCUACAAGUCAGAUGUGUACAGUUUUGGAAUGUUGUUACUUGAAAUGGUUGGAGGCAGGAAAAAUGUUCAGGUCACAGAGGCGAACAGCAGCCAAGUUUAUUUCCCCGAAUGGAUCUAUAAUCUUCUAGAUCAAGGAGAAGACAUCCGCAUCCACGUUGAGCAAGAGACUGAUGCUAAAAUCGCAAAGAAACUCGCAAUUGUGGGGCUAUGGUGCAUCCAGUGGUACCCGGUAGAUCGUCCUUCCAUGAAAGCUGUAGUUCAAAUGUUGGAAGGAGAAGACAAUGUAAAAAUGCCCCCUAAUCCUUUCUCAUCGACUGCUUCAACAAGAGACAGGGUUACAAUACCUGCAAAACGCCCCCACCAAGAGUUACCUGUUCUGAGCAUGAGCAGGUUGGGCGGUGCAGCUGCUGUUUCUCCUCUUGUUGUUGAUAUGUCCUCUGAGGACUUGCUUGUAUUCUCCAAAGUAGAUUUCACCGAAGUGUGGAUUGGAUUCGGGUUAGCCAUCUUUCAUCCAUUAGUUAAACGAUGCCAAGCCUUUAAAGAAGCAGAAAGUUGA